AUGAAUUGUAUGAAAUAUAUAAAAAAAUGCUAUGAAAAUCUUAGGUAAAAAAGAGAUGGGUAAGAAGAUACUUAUAGACUUUCAACUUAGGAAUCUGAGGGUAGAAAAAAGAAAACAUUAGUUCUAGAUUUAGAUGAAACCUUGGUUCACUGUGAAUUCAAAGAAAAUUAAAAUUUCAAUUAUGAAACAAUUUUAGAUGUUUGGCAUAGGGGAGUUCUUUACAAUGUAUAUUUAUGUAGAAGACCACAUUUGAGAGAAUUUUUAAAACAAAUGAGUGUCUAUUAUGAGAUAAUAAUAUUUACUGCUGGUUAUGAAUCGUAUUGUAAUAAGGUUUUGCAAUACAUUGAUAUAGAUAAACACAUAAGUGAUUAUUUUGCAAGAUCAAAUUGUAUAUUUGUAAAUGGAAACUGUUUGAAAGAUCUUGUUAUUUUGGAUCGUCCACUGGAUUAGUUAAUUUUUAUAGAUGUAUAUGAUAUAUAUAGGAAUGAUAGAAUAACCCAAAUGCUUUUGAAUUAUAACCUGAUAAUGGAUUAUUGAUUCCAUCAUUUUUAGAUUCAGAUGAGGAUGAAUGUCUACUUAGAUUGAUACCCUUUUUAAAAUUUAUGGCUAAUAAAUAAUGUGUGAAACCAGUGAGUAAAUUCAUAAAAGAUUAUGAAUCUAUUCAUGGUUCAUUAUUUAGUGAUUCUCAUAUAACACUUUAAUGUCAUGUAGAUGGAGAAGAAGGUAGUCUGAGUGAAGAGAGUUGUAUCAUAGUUGAUGAUGUUCCUAAACAUCGUAAGACUUAGACACUUAUGAAUGAUAAAUAGAAAAGAAAUUAAGCUUAAUAGGCUCGUAGUUAAUCUCUGUUCUCAGGUUGAAUAAAUUUAAAUUGUAUAUAAUUUUCAAUUA